AUAAUAUGAAUAAUGUCAAAUAAUCAUUUACUAUAAAGUUCCUAGAAUAAACGUGUUUAUGUUGUUUUAAGUGUGGUAACAUUGAUUCUACUAGUAUACAGAAUUGUAUGUAUAUUUUAAGCGGUCAAGAGAGAGAAAUCUUGAUUCUCUACUUAACCUCCAAAGAUUAUUCUAAUAUUUAUUAUUCAAGAAAUUAUUUUCUUUUCUAUUGCAUGAAAUGAGGUUUGCAUUUAAAAAACUUUUUAAUUCAAAAGUGUUUCAUAAUAUAAGAAAUUUACAUCUUUCGCAAAAUGUAAAGGGACAUUCUUAUGAAGGGCCAGGAAAAACAACAGUAACAAUACUCAAUAAAAAUGAGCAAUCUUUGCUGUUGAUAGAUGAUUAUAACAAAACAGGAUUUACUCUAAACAAUGGUAUCAAAAUGAUCGGACCUAUAAUUAUAUUUUCCAAAUCAUUAUUAUUUUGGAAUGUUGCAUCUGCAAAAGAUAUAAACAAAGAUUCCCUUAUAUUGUUUAGCAUUUUAGAACCUAAGUUGGAUUUAUUAAUAAUUGGAUUAGACGACGAUUAUGACCGCAAUUUUCUAAUCAAUCUGAAAGAAACGAUAAAAUAUUUAAAUAUAAAUACUGAAAUUUUGCCUGUUUCUCAGGCAUGUAGCAUAUUCAAUUUUGUAAAUUUAGAAAACAGAUAUGUUGCAGCAGCUUUGAUUCCACCUAAAUCAAAUUCUAGAGCUAUUUUCUUGUCUCAAAAUUUAAAUAAGAAUUAUGAUAAGUCACAAAUAAAAUACGAAUAAUGCAAAAUUUUAUUAUUUAUUUGAGGUUAUUUUUAAAAUUAUAGAGUGUUAGGCAAAGAGAAGCAUCAUUAUUACAAUACGUUUAGAAAGUUAGUUGUGAGAUUUGUUAUGUUGUGCGUAUGUGUUGUAUGUGUGUGUGUGUGUGUUUUAGCGUAUGCGGGCAUAUACGUAAAUAAUGUUACUACAUAGAAUGCAACAAAUUAUUUCUAAAAAAUAAAAAAAUUGUAAUGUUUAACAAAAUGUAAGUGACAUAGUAGUAAAUUAAAAUAUCCAC